AUGGAACUUUCUCGCCUCUCACUUUCCGACAACCACUUCUUCUUAUCCUCACCAAUUCACCGUUCUUCUUGGACUCGCCCGCUUCCCGCGUUACCCGCAUUCCUCACUCCCCCCCGCCGCCGGAGAGGUUUAUGCUCCGCCUCCAACUCCGACACUCUAGUCGCCGCUGCCGCCAAGAAGCACGGAGAGGAUGACACUGACUUGAAGACGUGGAUGCAUAAGAAUGGCCUCCCUCCCUGUAAGGUUGUUCUCAAGGAUAAACCUUCGCUUGAUGAUAGUCUUAAGCCUAUACACUAUGUUGCCGCUAGCGAAGAUCUUCAGAAGGGGGAUGUUGCAUUCUCGAUUCCAAGUUCGUUGGUUGUGACUCUUGAGCGUGUAUUGGGAAACGAGACUAUCGCUGAGCUAUUGACCACAAACAAGUUUUCCGAAUUGGCAUGCUUGGCCUUGUAUCUGAUGUAUGAGAAAAAACAGGGGAAGAAAUCUUUCUGGUAUCCAUACAUUAGGGAGCUUGAUCGGCAACGAGGCAGGGGACAACUGGCAGUGGAAUCACCUCUUUUAUGGUCAGAAUCUGAGCUGGCAUACCUUGAAGGAAGCCCAUUAAUGGAUGAAAUUGUUAAAAGGAUUGAAGGAAUAAGAAAAGAGUAUAAUGAACUAGACUUAGUCUGGUUUAUGUCUGGUUCUCUGUUUCAGCAAUACCCAUAUGACAUUCCCACAGAGGCUUUUCCAUUUGAAAUUUUCAAACAAGCUUUUGCAGCAGUUCAGUCAUGUGUUGUGCAUUUACAGAAUGUUAGUUUAGCUCGGAGAUUUGCUCUGGUUCCCCUGGGACCUCCUUUGUUAGCCUACUGCAGCAAUUGCAGGGCGAUGUUAUCUGCGGUUGAUGGUGCUGUCGAACUUGUGGUUGAUCGCCCAUAUAAAGCUGGGGACCCAAUUGUUGUGUGGUGUGGCCCACAGCCUAACACAAAGUUGCUUACAAACUAUGGCUUUGUUGAUGAUGACAAUUCCAAUGACCGUCUAAUAGUUGAGGCGGCUUUGAGUACCGAAGAUCCGCAAUAUCAAGAAAAAAGAAUGGUUGCUCAAAGAAAUGGAAAAUUAUCAAUUCAAACUUUUAAUGUGUAUACUGGGAAGGAAAGAGAAGCUGUCGCAGAUAUGAUUCCGUAUCUGCGUUUAGGUUAUGUUUCAGAUCCUGCUGAGAUGCAAUCUGUCAUCUCCUCUGAAGGUCCAGUUUGUCCUAUGAGCCCAUGUAUGGAGCGAGCCGUGCUGGACCAGCUUGCUGAUUAUUUUAAUUCCCGGUUGGCUGCCUACCCUACAACCUUGGCUGAAGAUGAAUCUAUGCUGGCAGAUGGUAGUUUGAAUCCAAAGAGGCGAGUUGCUACUCAACUUGUAAGGCUAGAAAAGAAAAUGCUUCAUGCAUGUUUGCAGGCAAUCACGGAUUUGAUAAACCAGCUACCAGACCAUAGUGUAUCGCCAUGCCCUGCUCCUUAUGCACCUUCAUUAAAAUAA